UGUUUAACAGUGGUCCAAUGUUGUUCUUGACUUUUUGCACUUUAAUUGUUUAUAAAUAAGCAGUAAGUAUUUGUUCAGUUUUUGUUAUUGCUGUUGUUUAGCAUAAAUAUGCGUAUUUAUAUUAUUUGAAAAUAUGUACAUGUAUAACUUGGCAACAAUGGAUUAAAGUCAAAUAUUUAGCAGCAUCUCAUACAUGUGGUUAUAGUUUGUGUUUUUGGUAACUGGAUAUUUGUUUUGGUUGCCAGUAAUUUGAUUUUAGAAAAUAUUUGAACGUAUUUAAAUUCUGCGAAUAUGUUAUAUUUGGAGGAUUAUCUUGAAAUGAUUGAGCACCUUCCCCAGGAGCUCAGAGAUCGAUUUACAGACAUGAGGGAAAUGGAUUUGACUAUACACAAUAAUAUGGAUGAGCUAGAAAAACGAGUAAAAUUAUUCUUCAGCGAAUGUAAGAGAUAUCAAAAUCAGGAAUUGCCUCAAAAUGUUGAUGACGAAUAUCAAGUAAUUAGAAAAGAAUACUAUAAAACUCUUGAGGAUGCAGAUGAAAAGGUUCAUUUAGCAAAUCAAAUGUAUGACUUAGUGGACAAAUACCUUAGGCGGCUGGAUUCUGAGCUUCACAAGUUCAAAUGCGAGUUGGAAGCGGAUAACAAGGGCAUUACAGAGGUGUUGGAAAAACGAUCUUUGGAACUUGAUACUCCAACUCUCGGUUCAAAUAUUUCCUCGCAGCAGAAGGAAAAUAGAUUUGAAAGUGUUUCAUCAAACAGUUUUCGUUACAGUAGGCCCAGGAGCGAAAAGAGGAGGGAUAGCAGUACUUCUAUUACUGUGAAUCAGUAUCCUGAGAAGCGUCAAGCAGUAGCGCCCUCACCAGUUAUUGAGGCAAGACACACAACUCCUGCCGCUCCUACAGUAACUCCGGUGACUUCAAAUAUUUCCUAUAGCUUGGGGCAUAACUUGGGUGCAGGUAAUGCCAUUGCGGCAGCCGCGUCUCAAGCUAUCGCCGCUACGCAGCAGAUGCAACAAGGAAGGAGGACGGCUAGCCUAAAAGCUUCCUAUGAGGCUAUAAAUACAGGCGGACAUGGUCAUGAGUUUAUUCCAAGGGAAUUGGCCGGUGCGGCUCAGACUGCAAUUCAGGCCAUCCAGCAGGACCAUGCCAACAACAAAAAGAAACAAAAUUCUAGGAAGUGGAGCAGUAAUAAUUCAAGUUCGUCAUCGUCUACUUCAGCAAGCGCUGCUGCAAUAGUACAGCCGGUGGUGGCUACACCCGUCGUUCCUCCUGUGGUUGAGGUACCUGUUGUGGAGGCAGACGCUUCAAACGCCGAAGUAACAGACGGCGAAUGGACUUAUGAUCCUAAUGAGCCGAGGUACUGCCUGUGCAACCAAGUAUCUUACGGCGAUAUGGUCGCUUGCGAUAAUGAAGACUGUCCAUCUGAAUGGUUUCAUUACCCUUGCGUGGGUAUUACCGCCCCACCUAAAGGAAAAUGGUUCUGCCCCCAGUGCACUGCCACUAUGAAAAGAAGGGGUGGUAGGAAAAACUGAGCGUAGAGUAACUGAGCGAGCCUGUAGCUUCAAUAUUAAUUCAAUCUGAGAUAUUCGAUAUUUCCUUUAAGUCUUAAUGUAGUCUAGAACUUCCAUUACCAUAGACUAGAAAGCAUGUAGUACAAUUGUGUUUAUAUUUUAGUUAUGUAUAAAUAAAAACAAUAAUAUU